ACCAGCUAAAGAGCACAGGGAGAAUCGCCCCCCGACAUGAGGAGAUAUUUCACGAUAAAGGGGAUUCUUUCGCCGUGGUCGAGAAGGGACGCCGCGCAGAAUGAGUCCAGUCCGCUCAUACCGAAGGUAAGCUCCACUAAAGAGGGCGUCGAGGAGCUUGUUGAUGUCACCACUGAAAGUCACGAAGCAGGGCCAAACAAGGGCCAGGACAACAGCCCUGUAUCCGCUGGCAUCCAACCCCACUACAUAUAUUCGUUUAUGGACUAUAUCCUAAAAUACCUCCUGAUCAUUUCCAAUCUGGUGUUCACAGUUCUGGGCCUGAUGGUUCUUAUUUUGGGGAUGUGGGGCCUCAUCAGCAAACGGUCGUUUGCUCAGGAGAAGAUCGGCAGCAUCGGCACCGACCCAAUGCUGGUGUUUUUGACUCUGGGCUUCGUGCUGACCAUGCUCUGCCUGUCAGGCUGUGUGGGCGCCUUAAGAGAGAACAGCACUUUGCUGAAGCUGUUCUCCGCUGCGGUGCUGGCCCUCAUCAUAGCCCAGGUGCUGACCGCCAUUGUGGCCUACAGUCUUCAAGUUCAGGUUGGAGGCUACCUGCGGUCAGGGAUGUUAGCUGCCAUGGUGCGCUACCAGGACGAUCUCGAUCUGAGGUUCAUAACGGACGAGAUUCAGUCCAAUCUGCAGUGCUGCGGGGCAGAUAACUACCGGGACUGGGAGCUCAACAUAUAUUACAACUGCUCGGCUCCAGGAGUGCUGGCCUGCGGCGUCCCCGCGACAUGCUGUGUGGAUCCUCUGGAGAACGGAACCGUGUGGAACUCUCAGUGUGGUUUGGGAGCCCAGCUGCUGGACGAGUUUAGUGCUCAGAGUGUGAUCUUCCUGGGCGGCUGUCUGGGGGGAAUGUCUCGCUGGAUCGAGCAGCAUGAGGGCCUGAUCGGGACAGUUGGAAUAGUCCUACUGGGGGUCCAGAUUGUGACUCUGUUUAUCACCACACGACUGUUAGAGAGCAUCCAGUGGCAUAAAGUGUACGUAUAACAUGGGAUGGUGAAUAUAUCCAUCCAUCCAUCAUCUUCUGCUUAUCCAGACCCGGGUCAAAGGGGCAGCAGGCUAAGGAGGGUAUUCCAGACAACCCCGUAUGAAGUAUUGUGUUCCGAUAUUUAAUGAGUGCAAACUGCUUUUGGAUCUCCACCUUGUUGGUCAUUUGUAGUAAACAUUCUGUAUCCCCAAAAUCAAUUAUUUUUAUGGAUGCAAACUUCAGCACAAAGUGUGAAAAUGUACAAAGUGCAUUAUUUAGCUGGUGAAAAUGUAUGUGUUCAUUAAGAAAGAAAUGUGAUGAAAAUAAUUGAAGGUAUUUCAGGUCUCAAACUAAAUAUAGCAUGUUCAUGUGUGAUCUUUACAUCUUUAAAGCAAAGAUGUCAAACUAUUCCUUCAAAUCCUUUACUGUUCUAAUUAUAUUGUGGUUCACACAUGCUACUUUUUCUUAAAGUUACAAAUAAGCCAUCAUCGUGGGGAUUAUGUAAUAUUUCAAACAGAGUGACAAGACAGAAUAGCACGUUCAAUUUGGCAAAGAGGAAAAGAAUGAAAAAUGAGGACCUGUUUUUAAAAACAGAAGCUUUAUUCUGAGUUUGAAUAAACAUGGUUGUGCAGAAACACCUUCUUCGAAGUGAGUGACCUCGCUUCUUGUUACAGCUCCCGCUGCAACCUCAGGCAGUGACUCGAGGACACACUCGGCAUCAGACAUACAAAUGGCAGUUUGAGAAUCUUAUGUAAAAAGAUUGAAGGAACAGUAUAAAACAACUUAGGCAAAGAACAGCAUCCACAAUAUGCAGAUGUUUUGUUACACAUCACUUCUGUAGUUGGUGAUUUACCCUAUACAAAUAUUGGUGUUUCAAAAAUGGGUUGGUAAUGGUUAUUCCAGUUACUGAAUUUGCCACUUCAGUUCCCUUUGGAAGAUAUUCAAAGCCAAGAAAGUCAGAUGACACUGAGCCGGUUCAUGUAGCUCUAGAUAUGCUUCCCAUGGGCAGAUUACGGUGAUGGCUGAAAAAACAAAUCGAGAGUGAGCUAAAGGAACAGUGGGAAUGUUGUUUGUGUGAACUUUUCCGUAAUGAGGUGGCUUCCAGGAAAUGUGAUGCUCCCGCUUACCACUCGAGACAACUGAAUCAUCCUGUUGUGAUUGCAAACACAUCUUCAGAACUUCCUAUUUGAAUAAAUAUAGACUUGUGUACAGACAAUAAAGGCUCCCACAUGAUG